UAAGAAUUUUGCUGAGAGCUAUUUGUGGCCUGUCACUUCACAUGCCACAGACACAACAGAAUGGAGACACUUCUUUUUCUAUUUCCUCAAUUCAACUACAUGGCCCCAAAGGAGGAAGCAUAUUUCAAAAUGCUUGGUCCAGAAGACCUGCGGGCAGCAAAGAUGAAGGAAAAUACUAGCAGAGAGAAAGACAAGGAGAGGAAGAGCCGACUAAGCCUUUUUCUCACCAAGUCAGGCUCUCAUGAAAACGUCAGUCCUCAUAAAAAGACAAAUACAACACCCAGCAAUGUCUCAACAGAGGCAGCUUUGCAAUGGAGCGACUCCUUUGAAGAACUGCUAAAGCACUCAGAUGGGGUAGAAACCUUCUCUCAGUUUCUCAAGACAGAGUUCAGUGAGGAGAACAUUGAGUUCUGGUUGGCCUGUGAAGAAUACAAGACCAUUGAUUCUGCGACAAAGCUGCUGUCCAAAGCCAAAUAUAUUUAUGCAAUAUUUAUUGAAUCCGAGGCCCCUAAAGAGGUCAACAUUGACUACAACACCAAGGUGGACAUCCAGAAGAACAUGGCGCAGCCUACAAAGAGCUGUUUUGAAACAGCCCAGAUGAAAGUCUACAGCCUGAUGAAAAAGGACUGUUACCCCAGGUUCCUGCAAUCUGACAUUUAUCUGCAUCUCACCAGGAGGAAAGGUCCUGGGGCCACGAUGUUUCGCAGAAGGUCACGCUCUUGUGUAUUCAACAACAGAGGCGAGGCCACAGCUGAAUCUUCGGCCUGGUAGAUGUAACAUCACACGCAUAAUGAAAGGGAUUAUUCUAGAGUCAUAAUACAUUAUUUGCAGCACAGCUUCUGAAAAGUGCGGAGGGUUAUUAUCCACAGGUUUGCCUCUGUAAAGUAUAAUAUAUUUCUAUAACCACAGGGGUCAGAGUAGAUUAUUCCAGUUACAUACAUGGCAGCAUGCCAGCAACAAACAAUUAAUGGCAUAGCUGUAUUGUAUAUCUUGGGAAAUAUGCUUACUUGCUCUUUUGCCAAGUAUUAAACAAGAAGAUUGAUACCGCUUUCAUGUGUGUAAAUAUAAAACUACAGUCAGCAACUGGUUAUCUUAGCCUAGCAUAAGAAAUUGGAAAAGAGGGAAACAGCUAGCCCACCUAGCAGCCCCCCUAAAGCUCACAGAUGAACACAUUACAUAUUUUUUCAUUCAAUUCAGGCAAAGAUUAAAGAGCACUAUUGUGUAUAGACUCAUCUUGUGAGCAAAGUGUAUUGUCACACCCCUAUUAGUGGCAUUUCUCUGGUUUUCUUGCAUUACAUGAUGCAAACUAUAGGCAUUUUAAAAGCUUGGGAUAGUGCUGCCUAUGUAGAAAAAUGUGUGUGCAGCACAGUGAUGAGACAUCAUAUGCAAACCAGCAAAUUUCCCAAGAUGUUGUACUUUUCCUUUAGAUGCUACACAGCAGGAUAACAUCUGGCACCAUUAGCCUUUCAUAUGAAUACAUUUAGAAAGGUGAUGAGGUCGCCACAUUAGAGCCAUGUGGCUGCCUGAAAAUGAUGGACCCACACUGGCCUAUCAGAAUUGAGUAUUCUCAUGGCCGUAGUAUAAAAUCAGCAAUGUGUAGCAUUCUCUUUUUCAGAGACAAUGAGCUGCUUGUGGAUUCGACUUUUAUUGAUGAUUUUAUUGAUUUUUGAUUCUAUCAGAUCUUUCAGAACUUGAAUGAAAAUGGGAUGUUUGGAGAAAGAAUCUCAGCUGAAGUGCCUCCAUGCUACUGACAGUAUGCUGAACAGGCAGCCAUGCUGAGGCCGCUCUGCCGAAUUCAGACACAUGACACUUCAAUUGCCUUGACUCCAAUACAGAAAUAGCACCUCAUACAACAUUAAUACAGUUGAUACGGCAUACAAGCUAAUUUGACCAUAUCUCAUUAAAAUGGAUUCCUGACUUUUCCCCAUACUGUCCAAGCCCCUCCAGACUAACUUGCAGUGAAGGCCUGCAGCAAUGGUGACUGUGAAGCACUGAAGCUUUUUAAUGAGGGUUAUAGAUCUUUCAUUUUUGUUAUUAAUUUCGCAAAAAUUGCAUAUAUCUUAUUUAAAUACUAAUAUUACAUUAUAUGAUUUAUGAUUCCUUUUUUUCAGUUUGCUACCAUCGUAAAUAAUUUAUGGAUUACUAUGGUACAGUAUGUGUUCCCUUGCUCUUGUAAAAUGUACAUACUGUAAGAGUAACUCAAAUAAACAGUCUUACAAAAGCAGUUUUAA